UGCUGUUGUAUAAGAGGGCUAAUUCACUGCAGGUCAUGCUGUUAUUGGAAAAGAAUCAGCUGUGGUGCUCUUAACAGUUACUCUGCUUCAUCACACCUUCCACUCGAAUAUUUUCCUUUAACGGCGCAACACCAAGUGUUUUAUUCCUUACAUACUGUGUAUUUGAUUGAUUGUGAUACUAUAGAAUAUUGUAGAUAAUUGUACAGUGGGUUGUAGAGUGGGUUGACACAUUAAUAACGACACAUUUGUUCAUUUCUUUUGAGAAUGUGUUAAACGCAGCCGCUGCGCUCGAGGACUCUUAUUUUGAAACCCCGCCAUGUUUGAAUCAAUCUGGCGGUGAGUUCAAACACAACUUCCCGAGUCUGGGUGAAACGGGUCGGAUGGGUACAUGAGAGAAGGGAAGUAAGGACGGUGAUAAAGUUCAGGUGGAAGUGUGGCUGUGAGUGGGAUGAUGUUGAGGAGAAGGAGCAGCAGCAGUAGCAGUAGCAGUGUUAAAGUCUCAGCCAGGCGCAGGAGCAGCAGCAGUGUGGCUUUUGAUGAGUUUGGUUUCGCCUUCAGUAAGAGGAGAGAGAGGAAACUACAGCACAGAUCCCAUGAUUACUGCUAUCCUCAGCUGAAUGCGGUUAAAGUUAAAGAGUUGUGUGAACUGCUCAGUUAUUGGAAUGGAUCCAGUUUCCUUUGCAGGAAUCAGCUUGAACGCUUUAUCCGUAUUGGUAUUCCUCCUGCGCUGCGUGGCCGUGUGUGGAAGUGUUUGCUGGACAUCGAGACAGUCCGAGUGGCCAGUGAUUUCAACUAUCAGGUGUGUCUGAGUGAGAUCCGGAAGCCUCUGGUGGACCUCAGCGUGAGCGAGUACAGCAUCCUUUCAGCCAUCAGCACGCUGGGCGAGAGAGAGAACGAGCUGGGCUCGGCUGCUGCAGGCUCUCUCGGCCUCGACGCGGCUCUCUUCAGACAGAUCGCUCUGGACCUGCAGAGGUCUUUUCCAACACACCGAUCUCUAAUGGGAGACACCCCUGAAGCCAUCGAGGGUCAGGCCAAGCUUUUCCGAGUGCUCAGUGCAUACGCCAAAUAUAACCCUCAGAUUGGGUACAGCCAAGGGAUGUCGUACAUCGCUGCCGUCUUGCUCAUGCUUCUCGGUGAGGAGGAAGCUUUCUGGGCUUUGGUGGUACUGAUGGAAAAACCGAAAUACCUGUCUGAGCUGUUCGACUCCUCACUCAAGAAGAUCCAACAUCAAGCGUUGGUGUUUCAGCAAUUACUAAAGCACAAGAAGCCUCAAGUAUUCCAUCAUCUGGAGAAACUGGGUGUGUCCUCAGUGCAUUUCAUCAUGCAGUGGUUUCUGACUCUCUUCACCUCUCUCCCAUGCUGGGACUCAGUGCUGGCAAUCUGGGAUCUCUUCCUGCUGCACGGCAUGGUGGUGGUGUUUCGUGCAGGUUUAACCGUCCUCCAGCUGUUGGAGUCUCGUCUCAUGACUAUGACUGAGGAGGCAGCCGUGCUGCCUGUUCUGCUGCGUGUUCCUGUAGACGUCUCUCAUUACCGCGUCCUGAUUCCAGCUUUAUGGAGUAUAGAGGUGCAGGAGUGGGAGAUAAACUGUAUGAACAGGCUCAUAUUGGAGGAGUCUAAUGAGGGUCACGAUGCAGAGGAAACUGACAAGAACAGUCCUGUGUCUCUGAGCUGCGAAGAACAGAACAAGCAGAGAGCUGAUGAGGAGACGAAUGAACCUUCUGGAAAAGAGGCUGUAGGCUCAGGUGGGAGGAAUGUGUUUGCACGCAUGCUGAAAGCGGCACAGCGCUACCUGGCAGACACGACCAAGCAGAGCACCGCCAAGGCCGUGGCCUCUCCCGGUAAAAGCAGCCUGGCCGCAGCUCGCCUGCCGAAGAAGAGAACGUCUGCUUCCUUCAGCCUGACACGGAAUAGGAAGAGCCAAAGCAGGCAAUCCCAGAAUGCAUCUCUGGCCAGAAAGGGACCAUUUAACCUCCAGGAUGCUGAUGGAGAUGCCACAGAGGACAGUUCCCCGAUGUCCCUGCGGAGGCUGCGUUCGGGUCCCGUGGGUCGAGUGGCACGCAGACGCAGUGGUGCCCAGUCCACCCGGGUCAGAUCUCUCCUGCACCGGACUCACAGAGGUGUCACCAGCCCACUCCUGAAAUCCUCCUGCUCUAAACCAGGCCGAAACGAGGCUCGCGCGACGAGUCGGGAAUCCCCAGAUAGGAUCCCAUCUCCAGGAUGCGCUCCACUGACCGAGAUCAUCAUCGCUUCCAGUCCAGGCAUCCAGAUCCGGGAGUCUCAGCUGAUCUGAGGGACACGGAGGACUGACUUGAAUCGUCUCUGAGUGAGCACUACACAGAGUGCCGAAUGAUGCUGGACUUUAAAACCUUGAUCCAGAUCCUAGUCUUAACCAUCUAAAGAGUCGGUACAGCUCAUGGUUUCUACGCAGGAUCGUGGGCAUGGAGUGAGAUCCUCUACGGCACUGAGAAAUUGAAACGUUUUAACACAUUUAACACAGUUAUAAGAUAUUAUACAGUAUUCUGUAUAUUCAUUAGUUAUAACCUGAUAAUCUUAAACACUACUUAAUAGUACACACUAAAAAACAAUUAAAUAUUAAUCUGAGCACUUGAUGCUAAUAGCGUCUGUCAUUUUUAUGCCGCUUGUUGGAAUUUCUGGUGAAUGUUUUAUUGGAGUUAUUUGAGAUAAUAAAAGAUGAAUGAGCCACUUCAUGGUUUCAUUAUUAAUUGAUGCUAAUGUCUGGGGCUCGGGUCACAUCUUCAGUCAUGUCUGUAACGAGGGAUUCCAUGAUUACGGUUCCAUUUAGCCACUGUAAUUCUUUAAAAAUCCAACAAAACAUGCAUUUAAUUAUUGGAAAAAAGUGUCUUAACCCAUCUCCGGCAAUGGUAUCUCAGUGUUUUUAAAACGGUUCUUUGCUGGCAGGCUGCAUUUUGCUCUUAAAUAAAUAACAGGCUUUGAGGAUUUUUUUAUUUAUUUUUUUUUUUUUUUAAAGCAUAAAAUUAACAAACACAAAUUGUUGUUAACUAGCUUCCAUAUUUAUGACUGAAGGACAUUACUGACAUUCUAAUGAUUUACUUCAAAUGAUUAUUUUUAAUGAUUUAAUUUUCUUUCAGUCAAUAAUUUGUACAACAGUGGUGUACAUUCAAAGUGACCUCGUCAUUGAAUAUAAAGGAAAAAAGAACGACAGGGCUUUUCUUCUUCUCCUCGGGAACUUUGGAUGAUGUCGAACAUGUGACUUUGUAGGAUAUUCCAAAUAUUUCAUAGGGGUGGAUGUGUUCAGGAAACCGGUUUCAGUGAAUGUGAAAUUUUUUACGUUACAUUAUAAUUGUCAUCGGGUAUAACAGAGAUUCGUGGAAAAGAAUGUUUCAAGCAUGUUAAAUAUUUAGAAGUAUUUUAAUGAUUAUUUAAAUGAUGAUCAUUUAUACAAUGUUUAAAGACAAUCGGAUGGAGAAUAAUGAUACUUUUAUUCUCGGCUUCUCGCUAGUCAGAGGCGGUCACAACGAAACGAAAUGCGGCCACGUCGUCUUAUUUAUAGACACGAUUAGUAUUAAAAGAAUAAUACUUACAUUUUUGAAAGCAAAAUGUUACCAAAUUGAAUCAGUCUGAUUAAUCACCGUGUACCUGAUGAAUAUCAUGAUAUAUCGGCCAACUGAUUAUCAGUGAAUCCUGACGUCAACAUCUUA